GAUGCGAAUUUCGAUCGACAACUGAAGAAAGCCGUUUCCGAUGCGGAGUACCGUGCCGUCAGGGCGAUUCUGGACGACAUUGAUAAGAAGGGGUUGGAUUCACUGGACAGCACAUGCACUUCGUUGGGCAGCUCCCUGUCAAGAAGUGGAAGCAUGCGAAAAGCUGUGCAAAGGAAACUUCCUGACAACGUUCAAUUGGAUCUCGAUGAAAUACGAGCUGAUCUCACUGCUGCGGGAUGGGAACGUCGACUGGGCGGUUUGAAACGAUUCGAGGAGAUGUGCGCAACUGCAGCCAAGGCAGUCGCCUCUGAUACAAAGCUGAUUGAAGCAUUCAUCGGUCGUCUCAACGACAUCAAUAGUAAAGUCUCACUUGAAGGUCUCGACACAUACAUGGUCUCCUUGCCUUCACUGAGCAAAGCCUAUUCGACCGAAGCGAAUUUGAAAGCCGUACUGAACCAGCUAAUCUUGGCAUUGAUGUCUCAUCUGUCAAGUAAGAGCGAUGAACAUCGCAAAACCGCUCAAAAGUGUCUCAGCGAAACUAUCAGACGAGUCGAUCCAGCAAGUCUAUCACCAGCCAUUGCUGCAGCCACCCGGAAAGCAAACAUUAAGCAGAAGCCCUUCAUGCUGAACCUGUUCAACCGCUUAAACGUCAUGCUUUAUCCGACAAAACCAAAGCAGGUUGAAGUGGUUGCGUUGCCGAUCCUGUGGGAAUGCUUGAAGACCGGCGUUGCGGAUAGUGAAAUAAAAAAGGCUUUGACGGAAUUCGCUAAGGGACUUGUUGAUCUGAUGGGUGAACGAGUUCUGCUGGAUCAAGCCUCGAUGGAACUGGAUCCUUCACGGAGAAGGCUGCUCGAAUCUUUGAUACGAUAG